UGCGUUCAAGAUGAGAUCUCUAGUCAUAUUAUACGUUACAUUGGCAACUCUAACUCUAGCAAACACUGACGUGUGUUACAAGUCUAUCAGAACUCCAUACAUCAAAUCAACGGACAAGAAAAUUCACCGGGUCAAGACCUGCUACUACCGCUGUUGGCGCAGCCACCAAACACAGGUCAACACCGAUUACUGGACCAUUGACAACUGCGUGGUAGACUACAAAGCGUCCGCUCAACCAGUUUGCUGUGCGGGCUACUCGGGCAUCGCGCCCCUUUGUGUGCCCAUUUGUCACGGAUGCAGCAACGGCCGCUGCACCGCCCCUAGCGUUUGUAGCUGCAACGAGGGAUACCGGAACGAGGCGGGAUUUUGUGUGCCGGUUUGCGAGCCGGAGUGUGGUCAUGGUACCUGUGAAGCGCCCGGACAGUGUUCUUGCCAUGAAGGAUACGAGAUGGAUCGAAAUAGGGGAUGUGUUCCCAGGUGUGAUCCACCCUGUCGGAACGGGGAAUGCGUUGGGGUGAACAGCUGUGAGUGCUUCAGGGAAUUUCGACAGGUUACAGGUUCCAUUGAAUGCGCGCCGGAAUGUGAUUUAGGAGUUGCAGAUUGUGGCAACGGAACUUGCAUCGGACCGAAUCGUUGCAGUUGUGAGGAAGGGUUUGUAUUUGAGAAUCAUCGAUGUAUUCCACAGUGUGAUCCGACCUGCAUCAAUGGACAAUGUACUGGCCCAAAUAACUGCACCUGUGAUGAAGGAUUCACACAAGAUUCAUUGCGUCCAAAUAUGUGUGUUCCAGUUUGCAGCAGCUUAUGUCACAAUGGAGCAUGUGUUGCCCCCAACACUUGCCAGUGUCUUCCCGGAUAUCAUCAAUCCAAUACGGUGGCAAACUCGUGCGAACCCAGCUGCGAUCCCAAGUAUGUAGACGUCAGGAAUGGACAGUGUAUAAGCCUAAAUGUCCUUCAGUGCAACAAUGGAUUCGUAUUGGAAUACUCUCAACUAUCUGGAUUAAUUCAUUGCUCAUUGAAGAUUUCACUGUGCAGGCGCCAAUCACCGGUACUCUCCCCCAAGAAACUCACAAUGCAGGUAUUCGCACUGACCUGCGCUCUUCUGUUAUCGUUGCCCCUGCUGGCAGUGGGGCGCCUCUGCCCGCGGGAAGUCAGAGUGCCGUACGUCAAGUGGGGCAACCAGCACGUGUCCCGAACCACGCCGUGUGAUUACGUUUGCUGGGGCAAGUGGCACAAGAUCUACAUCGAGUCGGGCUACAGUACGAACACCUGCGAGCUGGUUUUCAGGACGGAAACGAAGCAGGAGUGCUGCGAUGGGUUCGAAAAGGAUUCGCGGGGUGAGUGUCGACCGGUUUGUGAGGGAGGAUGCGUAGGCGGUCGGUGCGUUGCGCCGAAUCGGUGCGGGUGUGAGGAGGGAUUCCGGUUACGCGGGAAUCGCUGUGUUCCCGUGUGCGAUCCGGAUUGUAUUUUUGGAGAUUGUACAGGCGUUGGAGUGUGUUCCUGUCUGACGGGGUAUAGGAACUGGACGGACAGGGUGUGUGAACCCGUGUGUGAUCCGCCGUGCGAACAAGGCAAGUGCAUUGCUCCUAAUACCUGCGAGUGUAGGCACGGAUUUGAGCUAGCCGGGGAUUCAAAGCAUCGCUGCAAACCACGAUGCGAUCCAAAGAUCGCGAAAUGUGGAAACGGAACUUGCGUUGAGCCAAAUCGUUGUGAUUGCGAGAAGGGAUACGAGUUCAGGGGACACGCAUGCGUCCCAAGUUGUGAUCCAACGUGUAUCAACGCUGAAUGUUCGCAACCAAAUGCCUGCACUUGCAAGCAAGGAUUCAACAAAAGUUCGGAACCAAAUGUGUGUAAACCCAUCUGCAACAAGGGAUGCUCCAACGGAACUUGCGUUGCUCCAAACACCUGUCUCUGUCUGCAUGGAUAUCAACCGUCUGAAGCAGCCCCGAACUCGUGCGAACCAAGCUGUGAUCCCAGGUUCUUUGAAAUCACCAAUGGGCAGUGUAUUGCACCGAAUGUCCUGCGGUGUAACGAAGGAUAUCAACUGACGCAUUCUGUGGAGUCUGGCUUGAUACGCUGCCAGUCCCGAUGUAGUCCGGAAUGCGUGAAUGCGCAAUGUCUUCCGGACGGCUCUUGCCGGUGUUGGCCCGGAUUCACCCCCUCCCUAGAAGGCGUUAGUAUAUGUGAACCGAUAAGUAAAUAUGUUCAGUACCUGAAAAGGGGCACAACUCGCGUAUCCAGAACGGCCAAUUGCUACUACCAUUGCAUUUUCGCCUUUCACACGAGAAUCGUGGACUCUAGCUACACGGCCCAAACGUGCGAGCUUGCGUCCAAGACGGAGCUGCGGUCGGAAUGCUGCGAUGGAUACGCGAAGAACUCCCACGGGGAGUGUCUACCCGUUUGCGAGGGGGGUUGCAUCAACGGAACGUGCAGCGCGCCGAACCAGUGCGUUUGCGCUGAAGGAUACCAACUGAGGGGGAAUCGGUGCCUUCCGGUGUGCGAAGUGGAGUGUGUUUUCGGGGUUUGUACCAAGCCUGGGCAGUGUACGUGCCUUCCUGGGUACACGAAACAAACGGACACGGAGUGCGUGCCGGUUUGUGAGACUCCGUGCGAGAACGGCAGGUGCGUUGCGCCGAAUACCUGCGAGUGUGAUCACGGAUUUGAGAAAUAUUGGCUUUCGGAUUAUCGGUGCUUUCCAAAGUGUGAUCCGACGAUUGCGGACUGUAGCUAUGGAACGUGCGUUGCGCCGAAUCGUUGCCGUUGUGCGGACGGAUUCGUGUUCAGAGGUAAUCGCUGCGUACCGCAGUGCGAUACGACCUGCGUCAACGGAGAUUGUACCAGUCCGAACAGGUGUACGUGUAGGGAAGGAUUCUCAACCAGUUCAGGGGAUCCGAAUGUUUGCGUUCCGAUUUGUGCGAGUGGAUGCCGACAUGGGUCCUGUGUAGGUCCUAACACUUGCCAGUGUUCUGGUGGAUACAACGCAAGCUCUAUCAAUCCGAACUUGUGCGAACCGAGCUGUGAUCCCACGUACGUUGAUAUCAGCAAUGGAUUGUGUAUUGCUCGAAAUGUUCUGCGGUGCAUGGAAGGGUACGUGCUGGAACGCUCAUCUGGCUUGAUGAGGUGCAGAUCUAGCGUCGAAGGUGGACAAGAGAUACCAACGGGAUUGCUUACGUCAACUUAUUGUGUGCAAUUCAUUCCAAUCGGUUCGCAAACAUUGUCUGCGCCAACAGAGGGACUAAAUCCGUCCCAGCACUGGCAGGAUCCAUCCGAAAGACACAGUCCAUGGACGCAUUCGGCAUCACACGGGUAUCGGCAGAAGGUCCGUCCGGAUAGUGAACCUGGGAUAAAAGCGCCAAAGACACCAGUUGUUGUUUCACACUCCGUGAAAGUAGAGCGAUUCGAGAUGAAAUGUUUGGUGAAAAUUUGCACAUUGCUCCUAGUGAUACCUCUGGUGUGGGGACAGAUCUGCUGGAAGAACGUAAGCGUACCAUACGUCAAGUGGGGUCAUGUCUACGUGUCAAGGCAUACCCCGUGUGACUACAAAUGCUGGGGAAAGUGGAAACAGUCGAUGAUUGAUUCCGGCUACAACACCAACACGUGCGAACUGGCGUUCAACACGGAAUCGGUGCCGGAGUGCUGCGAAGGAUACGCCAAGGACUCGCGGGGGGAGUGUAAGCCCGUCUGUGACGGGGGGUGCAUCGAUGGAUCGUGUAACGGACCGAACCGGUGCGAUUGCGAUCAGGGCUUUCAACUGCAGGGGAAUCGCUGCGUGCCGGUGUGCGAGUCGGACUGCAUCUUUGGUGUUUGCUCCGGACAGGGAGAGUGCACGUGCCAUCCGGGUUAUACGAAGAAAACGGACACGGAGUGCGUGCCAGUUUGUGAGAUUCCGUGUGAAAAUGGUAGGUGCAUUGCUCCGAAUACCUGCGAAUGUAAACGUGGAUUUGAGCAAUCUCCUGAAUCGGAUUAUCUUUGUCUUCCGUCGUGUGAUCCGGAGAUUGCGGAUUGUGGUAAUGGAACUUGCGUUGAGCCAAAUCGUUGCCUUUGUGAGGAGGGAUUCCUGUUCAGAGGGAAUCGAUGUAUUCCACAGUGUGAUCCGACCUGCUUCAACGGAGAAUGUACCAAUCCGAAUACCUGCACGUGUAGGGAAGGAUUCUCACGAAGUCUAGUAGAAUCAAAUGUUUGUGAACCAAUUUGCGAAAGCGGUUGUCAGAAUGGAGUCUGCGUUGCUCCAAAUACUUGUCAAUGUACCCUAGGUUAUAACGCCACCUCAACUGAUCCGAACUCCUGUAAACCCAGCUGUGACCCCACGUUCAUGGACAUCAGCGAUGGUACUUGUAUUGCCCCAAACGUCCUUCGAUGCAACGAAGGAUUCAUUCUGGAGCAUUCAACGCAAGCCAACUUGAUGAAAUGCAGAUCUUCAAAUGUUUUCCUGGAUCCAGUUACUCCAACGAAUCUGCUAUCAACAGUCUUUUGAAGAAAUCAUGCCGAUACGAAUAAAUUUAAAACCUUCAAU